ACUUUAUGUGCUAAGCACUUCAGGGGUUCCUCCCUCCCUCCUUUAGCAUAAAUUGGUGUAGCUCCCCUUCUUUAAGGAAUUCUCUUGAGUCAAUCCAAAACUCCAAGAGCCAAAUUCUUAUCAGUGCAAGACCCAGUGCAAGGCUUUCCUACCUUCCAGCCCAAGAGUGGGCCACGAUUUGCCAAACCCUCAAGAUGACUCUGCUGGGCCAAACCUCUUCUUCCAGACCUCCAUAGCCCCUUCCAGGUCUCUGUACCAGCAUUUGGAAGAGAAAUUUGGGUUCAUGGACCUUUGGAGGCCAAUGGACGGAAAGAUGUAAGACACCAGUACAUUGGGGCCUGGCUGAGAGGCCUAGAUCAGUAAUCUCUGGAAGGAGGAGAGAAUCCCGGGAGAGAGAGGAAAGGAGAAGGCAAUCCCAGUGGGAGCCUUAAGUACCAGAAAUAGUAGUGCCCAGGCAGUGUACUUGGGAAGCUGCAAGGAUCCGGGCCAGUGAAGAGGUAAGCGCUGACCAGCACUGUCCCUAAAGGUUGGUUAGUGAGUCAGCAGAUACCUCUGGGGGGACAGGGUCAGAGAACCACCCAAUACUAAGUACUGACAAGGGAGUGAAGAAGCCGUCAAGGAGCUCCGGCCCGGCUGAAGAGCGUGUCCAGUGUUUGCUGGUUUUGAUACCCCCGGUGUACCCUGGGGCUUAGAAGAGACUUUGCUCUUACUGGGGUCCUGAUUUGGAAGCAGCUGCCACUAGGAUCAUCUGUGGUAUUCAGAGAAAUAUAUAUAGCAGAAGUCUAAUAAAAAGAAUAUGGAAGCUGAACAGCAGAGGCAUGAAACUCUUCACAAAGCUUUUAGAUUUAAUGUUGACUGGUUUUCCUUUUCAAAAAAUUUCAGGGUCUGAUUCUAGUGUGAAAAGCAAUAUUGAACAGAAAAUUGUCCCCAAGGAGCAAGAAAUGGAAGUUGAUCUCAAGAAAGACCAGCACAAAGAUGUUGUGAACCCACAUAAAAACUGUGGCCUGCCCAUUUCUCUACCCAUAUAUCCUGGUAUUCAAGCAAAAGAAAAUGCUAACUCUUGGACUCACGUACUUCAAAAUAAGAUUGUUACGCACAGCAAAAGCAAGAAGGAAGAGGAUUUAGAGGAAUUUGCCCUUAGUUUUCCAUACAGAUUAACCCGGCUAUCAACAGACUCUGAGAUGUCAAGAACUAAGCCAUGGGACGCUCAGAAGAUGCUGGGCCAACUUCGAGAGAAGCUGCCCCUUCAGAAAAACCUGCUGCCUACUCGAUCCAUCCCAAGCAAAGCGAAUCAUGUUCUGGUGGCUGCCAUGAUACCUCCUUCAAGAACCACCUACAUCCCUCCUCUGAGAAGCCCUUUAGAGGACAAGUUACUUAGCACGCGCUUUCCAAAGCAAAAAGCCCGGCUGCAGGAAUUGCUGGGCUACCACAUGUAUGGGUGGCUUAUGGGGAAUACAGAGGCACCGAGCAUCUAUGGGCCACACUUGGUGGUGGAAUUUAACGACAUCAACUUUCCACCCUCAACCAUUGUUCACUCAUCAUGAUGUGUCUCAUUCUGCUAGUUCUUAGUCAUGGUCAGUAGGCGUUCAACAAUGGAGCUCUCCAUCCAGGCAAGAGAACUCUUUUUAUAUUAGUUACUAUCAAUCAUGGACCAAUAGUUCCCUUCCAGUGGAACUGAGAGGACUGGUGGUCUGAAGCCCUUGACAAUUAAUAGCAAUCUGUUGAAUCAGUCUUUAAAAGAACCACUGGAAAUUAUGUGAUUCUAAUAAACAUUGAUGACCUAAAACAAUUAUCUUAUCCAGAGUUAGUCUUUCCAUGGGAAAAAAAAA